GAACAGAGGAAACAGUGGACAGUAAAACCUCUUUCAUUAUAGAGGUGAUAAUCUAAUAGCCACUAAACCUAUAUUUUCUCUCCGCUGCAAAAUACCUUGUACUGUACAUACAGCAGCAGGAUAAAAAGAAUAAGAAUUUUUUGGUAAUUUUAUAGAAAUGAUUUAAUCAUUCAGCUCUGAAGACAUCAUAUUUGCUUCAAGAUGAGCAUCACAGAUGUCCUCAGCGCUGCUGAUAUAGCUGCUGCUCUGAGGGAGUGCCAAGCUCCUGACACUUUCAAUUACAAGAAAUUCUUCAAGACUUGUGGUCUAACUAAAAAAUCCCCUAAUGAAGUGAAACAAGUUUUCGGAGUAAUGGAUAACGAUGAGAGUGGCUAUGUUGAAGAAGAUGAACUUAAGUAUAUUCUUCAGCGCUUUGAUCCCUCAGCCAGAGUGCUAACAUCCUCUGAGGCAAAGGAUUUCAUGGCUGGAGUCGAUCAUGAUGGAGAUGGGAAAAUUGGAGUUGAAGAGUUUCAAGCAGUGGUUCAUACCUGUGCAAGCCAGUGAUGAGUAAAGCCUGGUGAUAUUUUUUUGGCAAACCACAUUUUAGACUGAAAAGCCACCCUCAAAACUCAAGUGACAUUUAUUCCUCAUCUUAAAAUGUGAAUUAUUGGGUUUAAAACAAUGCACUAGCUGUGGGACCUUCUUAAAAUGUGCUGUUUUAUGUGCUAACACUGCAUGUGUUAAUUAUCCAAUAAACAAUAAACCACCAGAAAA